CAGAGCACCCCGCGCCUUCUCCGCGCACCUACCCGCGGCUCCACACCUCGCUGCCUUCGCCCACGCUGCCCUCGGCGGCCUGGAAACCGAUUUGGUGGUCUGAAUACUUUGGGGACCCACCGGAGGGAGGCCUGAUGCCCUCUCCCCCACUGUCCUCCUCCAGGGCGCGGCCAGCACACCUGCGACGCUGCGCGCCCCAGCACUCGGGAAACACCUGUCUGGGGGAGCUUUGAGGGAGCAGAGAGCUGGAUGCAGGUGACAUGGCCCUGGUGCCCUACGAGGAGACAGCGGUAAUGGGCUUGCAGAAAUUCCACAAACCUCUUGCCACCUUCUCCUUUGCGAACCACACGAUCCGGAUCCGGCAGGACUGGAGACAGCUGGGAGUCGCCGCGGUGGUUUGGGACGCGGCCGUCGUUCUCUCUGCGUAUCUGGAGAUGGGAGCUGUGGAGCUGAGGGGCCGCCGUGCAGUGGAGCUGGGGGCCGGCACCGGGCUGGUGGGCAUAGUGGCUGCCCUGCUGGGUGCUCAUGUGACUAUCACGGAUCGAAAAGUAGCAUUAGAAUUUCUUAAAUCAAAUGUUCAAGCCAACUUACCUCCCCAUAUCCAACCCAAAGCUGUUGUUAAGGAGCUGACUUGGGGACAAAAUUUGGGGAGUUAUUCACCUGGAGAAUUUGACCUGAUACUUGGAGCUGAUAUCAUAUAUUUAGAAGAAACAUUCACAGAUCUUCUUCAGACUUUGGAACAUCUCUGUAGCAACCGCUCCGUGAUUCUUUUAGCUUGCCGAAUUCGCUAUGAACGGGAUAACGACUUCUUGGCGAUGCUGGAGAGGCAGUUUACUGUGACUAAGGUUCACUACGAUCCUGACAAAGACGUACAUAUUUACAAAGCACAGAAGAGAAACCAGAGGGAGGACUUCUAGUUGGCUGUAAUUUUUAGGAAUGUUGUUAUUGAGCGUGUCGGUGAAGGUCUUAGCCUGGGAAUUGAACCACAUUUGAUGAAAUGGCUCCUGAACAAAAAGUCUAACCAACCAAAGGUUCCCAAGGGACAAAGCACAUGUACCGUUUGAAAACAAAGUGGCACUUUGUCCCACUGCCGUGACUUCAUAGUCCUAUUUUACUCUGAAAAAUCCAACUAGCGUUAAAGGAAUGUAUGAGAUAUCUGUAUCUCAUACUGCCCCCUCUUGGUAAACAAUUUUCACUGGUGAUAGAAUGAAGGGCUGGUGUAAAAGGGCCUUCAAAGCAGUGAGCUUGUUUUGGUGAGGCUAACCCAUGCAAAUUCUAUUAAACACAUUCUGAGAUACAUGUUUAGCCCAGUUUUCUAAUUUUCUGAAUAUAAAGCCAGAGGCUUAAUGUAUAUUCCCUGAGCUGUUGAUGCUCUUGAAAUCUUUUGUCUGCCCCAUUUAGGUUUUAAGCAUUACUUUUGGUUACUUGAGAUUAGGAUGUGAGUUCCCUGAGGUCUCGUUUCAUGCUUUUUGGCUUCAUUUCCGAUUUAGGCAUACAAACAAAUGAAGUAAAAGUAAAAGUUGAGUUACGUCUUGAAACCACCAUGUGCUGUGCCUGGGAUGUCGUCUUCAAUGGCUGUAGUUUUCCCCUGGCACUCCCCUUUCUCAGAUGUUGUGUUUGUAUUUCUUUCCUAGGCUUUCCCCUCCUUCGUGUAAUGCAUAAGAUGACGUUGAAAACAGUUCGAAAUCUCACCCCUUCAUGGGAGGAGCUCCCCGAGAAGCUCCUUCCACGUUGUGCUCGUAAUUGCUUGUUCCGUGUCUGGAUCCCCCAGAA